AUGGCUGCAAUGCCCGAAGCAGUCCACAUGAACCCAGACCCCAAUGAAGUGCGGCUCCAGCGUGAAGUCUUGGACAGAAAUCAGUUGCUUCGCUUCACAAGCGACACGCGCAAGCGCGAAAAGUCGCGUGUAGUGGCCAACCUUUGGUCUCAAGGGCUUGAAUUUCUUGAGGCCCUGCGCAUCGUAGAUGAAGCUUUCCAAGAUUCUUGA